AUGGAUGCGGACUAUGAUUUCAAGGUGGAUUAUCAGAUGGAGGACGCGGCGGCCGCCAAUGAGGACGGUGAGAGCAACGCUCCACACACAGAUGAUGAAGAUGGGGAUGGAGCCAAGGAUAAUGAACCGAUGACCGGUGCCAUGGAUUCAGGGGGAUAUUUCACUGGCCUGAUGACAAAUGGCUUUGGUAUUCCUGGUCAGUUUGAAAAUCAACCUGCUCAGGAAGUAGUAGCACAAGAUGAGGUUGAAGCAAUAGGGAAAGGAAUUCCGAAAAGAACAAAAAAUUUCACAAUUGAUGAGGAUGAACAAUUUGUCAAAUCGUGGCUAAACGUGAGUUUGGAUCCAGUGAAAGGUGUGGACCAAUCACGUACCACAUAUUGGAAACGAAUACAUGCACAUUUCCAUGCCCACAAGGAUUUCUCGUCUGAUCGCUCGCAAGGCUCUCUGAUGAACCGUUGGUCUGGUAUACAGCACGAUGUGAACCUCUUUGCGAGUUGUCUUUCCAAGAUUGAGGGCAGAAAUCAAAGUGGAGUGACCAUUGAUGACAAGCAAGCAGAUGCAUUGAAAAUGUUUAUUAAAGAAGACAGGCAGCAUAGGCAAUUUCCAUACAUGCAUUGCUGGAAAUUAUUAAAAGGCCAAGCUAAGUGGGCAGAUAGGCAAAAGCAGAUGGAAACCCAGAAGCCAAUCAGUAAAAAGCAGAAGGUUUCAGCCAAUUCAAGUCGUACAUCGGCUCCUUUGCUGCCCACUGCUACUGUUGAUGAGAAUCAGCAUUCUAAUAGUGCACUUCAGAGACCUCCAGGGCAAAAGAAGGAGAAGCAGAAAUUACGGCAACAUUCUAGCAUCGAAGCGUUGGAUUAUCUUUUGGCAAAAAAGAAGAAGCUGAUGCAGAGAAGGAGUUGA